GGUUUGUCUACAUGAUAUGUUGAUCAACUUUUUUGAUCAGUCCAUCUGAAUGCUUAAGCAGGACAGACAUCUUUCUUCAGAACUUCAAGAAGACCCAAUGGCUAGCAAGACAUAAAAAAGUGCUAUCCCAAAAUGAACAGUCUCGUAUUACUGACAACACUGUGUCUAAUGACCACCAGUACUCUUUGCGGCCGUCGUCAUCUUUGGAGCUCUUCCGGCAGUGAUGAGAGGAACUAUCUGCACCCCUUUCCUCCUGCUUAUCCAUACCUGCUGAGGCCGGCUCCACCUGGUCCUCUGUUCCCGUUAUGGCCACUUUUCAUCGCCCUGCUGCAACGUCCUGCACCGGCACCAGCUCCAGCUCCCGCACCAGCACCAGCACCGGCUCCAAAACCCACACUCAGACCCACUGUUAGAACAUCCUCCCGCUGUGUAGAUGCUGGAUGUUGAAUGGUUUAAACACGAUCAGUGGGCUUUGAUUGUUAACAAUGUAUUGGUAACAAAUUGGCACACAGUUUCCCUUGCUGUGUG